CCCAAAAUAACGGGAGUUUACAAUACAUCUCACCAUGACUGGGGGCUUUUUCCUGUGUACUGUGAUCAGACAUAUGAUGGAGGAGGUAUCUCAUAUUUUGUAUGUUCGGUACAAGUUACAUAAUGAGACGACAAAAGAAAAAUUGGUCUCAAUCUGUUCCCAGUCUUCGUUCAGUACUAACUUUUUCCCUUGAUCAGUGCAAAUAUAAUUGGAGAGCGUAGUCAGUGCCUUGUGGAGACUCCGUCCGUAGCUUUUCGCUCGAGCGUAUUCAUGGAAUUGCUAGAUCAUCCAUUUGUUUCACAUGGACGAUUGCAUUUUUUCCACUGGUGUACGUGACUCCCUUUUCCUCUUUUUCCAUCACCUGUAAUUUCCAUUUACAUUCUAAGCUGUCCAACACUGCUGUUGGAUCAGAUCAGUGAUUCUUUUUUUAUUUUGCUCCGUAAGCGUUAGGUGAUGGGAGAUUUUUCGAGAUGACUUAAUUCUUAAAAUCUUUGUCUAAUAAAAUUUUCACCUCACAGGCUGGACGAUGGUAUUCAAAGUUGUUAGUGGCCUCUCUCCAUUGGACGUCGGUGAAAUUUGGUCGUCACCCUCCCUAUAUCAUGAAAAUCUCAACGAAACCUUCGACCUAACGUCAGCUUAUCCAACUCAUUACAAGAAUCGUAUUGUACUGAACUGGAAAAAUUUUAACCCUAAAGAGGUGAGGAAGGUUAAUGAAUGAAUUACCCCAAACAUUCAGUAGUACACAUGCCCAACUAAAAGCAUAAGCUUCAUUACCUGCAAAUGACGCUUGGUACUGAAAGAGCCUCUGCAAUCAUUUGAGAUUUAAGGCGCAUGAAAGACACUGCCAAUUGAAAUCCUUGAAAGAUAUUUGAUUCAUGUCGAAGCUGUCACAAAUUCAUAUUUUACCUUCUCAAAUGUUCAUGUUACUGAAUACGGAACUUGUGCCGGGGGCAGUUUGAGAAACGCUUAGAUCUACCAUAUAGUCAUGCGAGGCACCAAUGGUUAGCUUUUCGGAUUACUAAAAUACACUGUAAACAUUUCUUGUGUACUUAACCCCAGUGUAUACUGCUUAAUACUUCCUUUACUUUUUGUUACUUCUUCGUGUAAUCUUCUAGUCUACUAAAAAAGGCUACAAUCUUGCUACGAAAGGGCGACAUGAGAGGGGCUGUCACCUAGUAUCAUUCCUUGACAAUGAGGGCAAAUUUAAUACACUUGGCUAUAGUUUAUUACAUCUGGGUAAGAAUACUGUUGAGUGCAGUAGCUAAUGGAGUAGUCAAAGGCAUGCAGGAACUCAAGCCACCAGGAGAUCGUUCAGCAGUCAGUGAACUAAUGACAAUUGUGGACUUGUGAAUUUUUUCAGAAUUUGAAAGUAGCAAAUGGAUUCGAAACGAGUAAUUACUUGAGUGAUUAGUAUGUUGACUAUGAUGCGAACUGUCACUAAGGAUACAGUAUGAAGAUCCUAUAACCUAGAAAAUCUACUCAUGUUUUGUGAUAUCGUAAUGUUAAAGUUAACAAAAAUUGUUUCUUUACAAAGGGUUAAUUUAAGUCGAUUUUAACUUCCAUGAACCUUAGGUUCGCGUCGUUGUAUACAAGGACAGUCAACAAGUCACCUCCCUUAAGUUCAAUGCCACUGAUACAGACAACUUGAAUUGGUUUUCACAUGAAAACCUAAUUUACUCGCCAUGGAGUGAUCUCAAGAUGUUCCCAUCCGCAAAUUUUGGCCUUCUGGGUCCCAUAGUUUCCAAUCGCUUCUUUGAGAUAACUGGCCCUUACACUGGUUGUGAAACUGAUAUCGGUUGGUUGGUAGUUACUAGUCACCCAGUAUGUCCUUGGGACAGACGAUCACCUCGGCCUAGUAUCCAAUACAGCAAGCAGCGCAUGGCGUCGCGUAUGGAAAAUUACGGUAAUUUUGAUAUUGAAAUAUUUUUGGCAUUGUAUUCUGUUGAUAGGGUACCACUAACUAACAAAAAAUUCUGUGGUUCAGGUAUUACUUCACCUCAUGCUAAUCGAGACACCAGAUUUCAUCGCCUGAGCAGUUUUUUCUUCAUGACGUAGUCAAAGACGUAAAAAAGAUGAACGAACAUCUUCAAAAAAACAAAAGUGGUGAUCGUUUCAAAAUAUCUUAAAUGGGGCUUGACCCCCCUUCCCUUCCCUCCCCUUCCCCCCCCCCCACUCUAUUCUCUUUAAUCAUCAAAGGGCCACGGAAAAACGGUCGAGCAAAACACGAAAUUCAUGAUCACGUCUUCUACUAGUUCGCAUUUUCUUCCCAUUUCCCGAAAAUUAGUCUUUACUUAUGGAAAGGUCUUAUAUGAACAAUCCACAUUUACUACCUGGUACAUUGUUACUGUACCUGUUUGUUUCUGUUUGUUUUGUUUGUUUCUUAGUAUUCACCAACGUACAGACGUACAUCCGUACCAUUGACUUUUCGCAUGCGAAAUUCUCACUUCUGAAUGAAUAUCAUUUUAACUAGAGAAUCAUUCAGCCUUUGAAAAAAAAGCCUCUGAUAUGAUUCCAUCUCACAGGAAAUGUUGGGAUUGCAGACGUCCUCGCCGUGUUUGUUCGCUAA